AUGGACAUAGAAAGGAACCCGUAUAAAAGAAGUAUAAGAGAGGACAAUCCCUACCUCAUGAAAAGGGAAGAAAAUCCUUAUGCGAGGAAGGUAGAAAAUCCGUACAUCAAGAAAGAAGAAAAUCCAUACAUCAGGAAAGAAAACCCGUAUUGUCAGAAUCAAGUAGAAAACUCUUACCUUAAAAAGCAGGAAGAUACAUCUUAUGGUCCUAGAAAUGAUUUGAAUUCGUACCUUAAGAAAUGUAAAGAAAAACGGGUUCCGGUCGUGAAGAAUGAAGUCAAUCAUAAGUAUCGCAAAGAAAAUCCUUAUAUCAACGAGCAUCUUAAAGAUCAAUCAAACGCUGGUUUUGAUAUUGAGAUCGCUGAUCCCAUCUUAACUAAUCCUGAGAGUCCCUCGGUCCUAAAAAUUGAUCGUUUUUGUUUGAGAAACGUUCCUGUUCAUAAGGAGAACCCUUAUGCGAAUUGGAAAUUUUCAGGUGUUAAGGAUAUUGAUCAAAAUCAAGAAGCAAAGUGUAUAAAGUCUUCCGCAAUAGUUGACGAUCAGUAUAUACGAAUCGACGCGUUUACUGUCAUUCCGAAGCCGGUAAUUUAUGAUUAUUUAAUUGAACUUGAUUGGAAGCUUAAUGAAGAGUUUAUUGAUGCUGUAAGAAUUGAACAGGGAGUUGUUGUUGAACCAAUUAAUGUCGCGAACCAAGGUUUUAAAGAUGAACGGAUAAAAGAUGUUGUCGAACGCGCCGAUCGUGAUGAAGUAAAAGAUGAUGAAAAGGUUGAUGACAAUAUAAAAUCACCUGUGGAUAUUGAAGUUGAUGAUUCGGAAGCUAUGGAAAUUACAACGGAAGCGACGACAAUUUUUGAAUCACAUAAGCCGGACAAAUCCGAAAAAGACCUAAUUACAACAGAAGAGAUGACAUUUGUUGAACUACUUAAGCAAGGGAAAUCAGAAAAGGACUUGAUUACAACGGAAGCGACAACAGUUGAUGAACCAAUUAAGCAAACUGGGUCAGAAAAAGGCUUGAUUGAAACAGAUUAUGAAUCUCUUGAGAAAAUUGAAUCAGAAAAAAGCUUGAUUGAAUCGGAAGCGACGAAAGCCGUUGAACUACAUAAGCAAAAUGAAUCAGAAAAAGACACAAAGAAGUCGACGAUAGUUAUUGAACUACAUAAGCAAGAUGAAUGUGAAAAGGAGAUACAUGCGGAUGCAUCACAUAGUCCACAUGAAGAGAGUGUUUCAUACCCACUAAUGGCUUCUCAGAGGGAAGUUAAAAUGGAAAGGGUAGAAAAGGAAACUACUAAAAUAGCGGAGAAGGUCAACACCAACGAUAAAGUUAAAACGCUCAAAAGUCAACUUCACCUUUUAUUUAAUCCUCAUUUAAUGUCCGAAUCAGCGGUGUCAAAAGGAAAUUCCGAUCAAUUCAAAAUUGUCAAUCAGAAAGUCCUUAAGCCAAAUAAUAAAAUAUCAAAAUCAAGUGAAAAUGAUGUAAAAAAGGAACCUGGUAAAGCGAAUCUUAUUGUGGAAAAUCCAUUUUGCGGAAAUAGGAUCAUGGAUCAAGUAAAAGCUGACCAAGCUUUACAACUCUCACCUACUCAGGAUAAGCCUGAGAGGGAACAUCCUGCUCAAUUACAUGUCAAACUAAGUCAGAAGUUUACGAUGUCUCAGGCAUCAAAACCAAAUAGUGUUCCUACAUUCAUUUUGGCUGGUGAUCGAUUCGUUCGAGAGGAUAAAGCUUUGAUAGAUCUUGAUAAAGAUGAUUCAGUUGAAACUAGUUCAAUCAAUAAUAGAAAACCAUUACAGGUGAAAGUGCCGCCUGAACUUCACGAAAUCGAUUAUACGGGAUGGAUCAUGCAGCAGAUUGUAGAAGAAUUUCAAAAUAACCUCAGAACAAACAAUAACCAACCUAGAGUUAAACCGAGCGGAUCUUUCCUUGAAGAGUUUGAAGGAUGA